AUGUACAAGUACUGGUAUUUUUGUAAGCUGAGGGCCAACGUCUUGGUAUUGGCUCGCAGUCCUGCUGACUGCGAGUGGAUGUCAGAGCAACAUCGUGCUCCAACCAUUCCAAAGAAGAGAACAUUUACUGUUCCUUGGAUGCCAGAAGUAAAAGAGUCAUCCGCACAGGUAUCGGAGGCGUUGAAGUACGCCCAACUUCCAAAGUUGCUUCAACAUCAAUCGUGGACCAAGGCGGAGCCCUAUGAAGACUGGUUUGAGUACUUGAAGCCAGUGGAAGGCAUCGGUAGCUUGUACACCCCAACGGCAUAUAAUUAUAAUUUAAGGCAAUUGACAUCCAAACGUAAGAAGAAAAAACAGUGGCAUCCUUUCGGAGAGGAUGGAAAGCUUAAAUAUCCACCCAGUGACUGUGUAACUGCUCACUAUGAAGAAGUAAGAAAAAGAAAACUUGCAAAGGAGAGAUGUCCUGCUGAUAUCCUGGGGAAUAACGUACCCUUGCGGGACUUGACAGAUGACACUUGGCAGAGGCGGAAGGCUGAGAGACGAGCUGCUGAGAUCCUGCGUAGAAGGGAAGCAGACAUUCCUCUGUCUAUCGAGUGCCAACUAGAGAUGCUAAUGAAAGUUGUACGAAUGGAGCAAGAGAAACACGUGAGACUAGAGGACGUUAACAAGAUCCUCUACUUGCAGCACUGCUGCAUCGCAGACCACCAGUUGGAACCAUUCGAUCCUUCAAACAUUGAAAAGGCUCGAGCUAAAAUUAUUGGAAAACUUAGGAAACGUCAAGACUUUGAAGAAAAGGUGCAAGCCAUCAAACCUGAGAUCAUCGAAGACUACAUGAAUAGCCUACGAUGUGCCAUUGUUGAUUAUAUACUUUCAAACCCUGACGAAAGAAAACGUUUCUUAAUCCAGACCAUACCGGUGGCAUUUCCUGUGCUGAAUAUCAGAGCUCCGGUUCCAUGGCAUCAGGGAAAAAUCACUGCGAAGCACUCCAUGAUACAUAAUCUUAUGAUAGCCAAUGAGAUUCUUCGAGACAUAAGGGACCUGUGGAUAACAAAGUAUCAAAAGACAACGAUAGUCAGGAUAGAAGACUUCGGAGAACUCCCAGUCCCUGCGAAGGAUAUCGAGUCAAAGUUGGAUGAACUCUGCAUUGCUGCAAAGGAGAGACUCCUCAAAGAAUGGCUCGCUGAGGUUGCUGAAUUAUUUUUAGAGAAAAAACAUGCAUGGUCCUGUUUCGUAGAGAUGAAACUCAGAGCUUCGACAGUCCUCAUCGAGCAGUACUUUCGCAGUGUCAAUACUUUGCUCUCGAGGCAGCUUCGAAUCAUAGUUAUGCAGACACUGGGACAUAUACGUGACUUCUUAGUUCAGUACAAAACUGGGAACUCCUUCGAAGAGGAAUACCAAGACCUCAUGUUCAGUCGCAUUCCAUUCAUGACCAUCACUGUAAUCCCUGUCCUGGGCUCUUCGGAGCUGAAGUUCAGCCCAAGUGUCCACCAGAUGUACGGAGUGAUGUCUCGAUGCUUCGACAAGAUCAUCGGUGUAGCUGGAAACAUCCCCAGGAUCGAAAGCUUUUUAUUCCCUGAACUGGACAGGCCUGGACACAUGUUUCCUGUCCUAAGAGAAGAGGAAGUCGAAGCAAUAAUCACCGAAGCCCUGGAUGCCAUUUUCAUCAACGCACCUGGCCCUGACCUUUACCUAAAAUUCUACCUGGAUUAUCUCUACAUAAUAGAUGGAAGAGCCAAGAUUGAACUGGACGAUUAUUUCUCAACAGUUCCUGAGCCAUAUCUGAAGGACUUCGGUCACAGGAUCCUGAAGUACGACAAACUCAGGAAGGACAUCCGCACCUUCCGAAGCAAGGUUCAGCUCAACCUGGUCGAGAUGGACUGUUCAAGGUUGAACGAAGCGAUGCGAGAGGUGCUCUUCGAUCUUCGAACCAGGAUCUGCGAACAUUUUGCGACCGAAUUAAGGGCCAACAACCAGGAGCUCUGCAAGGUCUUCGACGAGAUAGCGAACGAGAUUUCAGGAAUGCCGGAGACGACGCAGCAGGUCGUCGAAUUGUACAACUUCCUCUGCGAGAGUAGAGACACGACGAUGUUCAAUCUUCGGGGGAAGAUCGCGAGGAGCGUGGAGUUGAUCCUGUUCCUUUUCGAGCACCAGCCUCCGACCGACGAGGACAUCGCCUUGAACACCAGGACCUUAACCUGGCCAAAGGAGAUGGAAGUCGUGAUGGAGCUCGCGACGGUCCGACUGAACAUGAGGAGGAGCUUCGUGGAAGGCGUCCUGAGGACCAAGCGAGAGAACUUUGAGGGAAAAAUCGCCCAGAAGCAGCUGGCGAUAGACCAGUUUAAGAAGAAGGACCCUCCAGUCCUGACGAUGGAGGAAAUGGAGCAGGCCGUCGAGGAAGUGGAGGAACUCUCUCGCGGGAUGGCAGAAGUCCGGAAAGAAGCUGAGAUGAUCAAUGAAGAGGAAGCUCUGCUGGACAUGGAGCUGAGCCCCUACCUGGUGCUCCCCUCGAUGAACUCCACCGUCGAGACCUUCGACAAGCUCUGGCACACGGUUCUAGAAUUCCACAAAAAUUUUGAAAAAUGGUUCUACGGCCCUUUUCAGGGCCUCGACGCCGACGCGAUCAAGGACGAGACGGACCUCACCUGGAGGACCCUUUAUAAAUUGUCGAGGACCCUGACCGACGUUCCUGGAGCGCGCAGAAUCGCGGAGAUGGUACGAGGCAAGGUCGAGAAGUUCAAGCAGUUCAUCCCAGUGCUGCAGACGAUCUGCAACCCGGGUCUUCAGCCUCGACACUGGGCCCAGAUAAGUGCAAUCGUUGGUACCCAAGUGUCCCCAACCCCGAAGAGCAGCCUCUCGGAGAUGAUCGACCUCGGACUCCCGGUGUACAUUAAUAAACUGGAGGAGAUCUCAUCAGCCGCUACCAAGGAGCACGGGCUGGAGAAGAACCUGAAGAAGAUGCAGGACGAGUGGCAGGAGGUGUUCUUCGACCUGACUCCAUACCGAGACACAGGAAUCAGCGUCAUGGCAGCCGUGGACGACAUCCAGAUGCUGCUGGACGACCACAUCCUGAAGUCCCAGUCGAUGCGAGGCUCGCCCUUCGUCAAGGCCUUCGAGUCCGAGAUGCAGAGCUGGGAAGAUAAGCUCAUCCUGAUGCAGGACAUCGUGGACCAAUGGCUCACCUGCCAGGCGACCUGGAUGUACCUGGAGCCCAUCUUCGGGAGCGAAGACAUCAUCCGUCAGAUGCCAACCGAGGCGAGGAACUUCCGGAAGGUCGACAAGAUGUGGCGGGCCAUAAUGUCCUACGUGGCCGCGAACAAGAAGGUCCUUGUAGCGACGGAGAUGCCGCAGAUGCUGGACCAGCUGAGGACCUGCAACACGCUUCUAGAAGAAAUCCAAAAGGGCCUGAACGACUAUCUAGAAAAGAAACGCCUCUUCUUCCCUAGGUUCUUCUUCCUCUCCGACGACGAGCUCCUGGAGAUCCUCUCGGAGACGAAGGACCCCGAGCGGGUCCAGCCACACCUCAGGAAGUGCUUCGAGGGCAUCAGCAGGCUGAAGUUCACCCGGGACCAAGAGAUCAUAGGGAUGCUGUCCGAAGAGGAGGAAUAUGUGCCCUUGAGCGCGAAGAUCUACCCUGCGGACGCGAAGGGCAUGGUGGAGAGGUGGCUCUGUCAGGUCGAGGAGCUGAUGGUCACUUCUUUGAGGGAUAUUGCCCAAGAUGGCAUCGCCUCUUACUUCACCAGUCGCAGGGUAGAGUGGAUACUGUCCUGGCCGAGCCAGAUCGUCAUUUGUGCUAGCCAGGUGCACUGGACCAGCGAAGUUUGCGAGGCCAUCGAGGAGCGAUCCUCUGCUGAGUACCUGAUGACCUGCAACACGCAGAUUAACGAGACCGUCGCGCUCGUCAGGGGCAAACUAGACCCCGGGGCCAGGAUCACUCUGAACGCUUUGAUCGUCAUCGACGUCCAUGCUAGGGAUGUCGUUAAACUGCUGGUGGCGAAGAGGGUCCAGGAUGUCCUGGACUUCGACUGGAUCUCCCAGCUGAGGUACUACUGGCUCGAUGGGAAGAUCGUCGUCUCGAUGAUGACCACCGAUGUGGCUUACGGGUUCGAGUACCUUGGAAACAGCUCUCGCCUGGUGAUCACCCCCUUGACGGACAGGUGCUACCGAACCCUGAUGGGAGCCUUGAAGUUGAACCUAGGUGGGGCCCCUGAAGGACCUGCCGGGACCGGGAAAACCGAGACCUGCAAGGACCUCGCCAAGGCUGUGGCCAAACAAUGCGUCGUCUUCAACUGCUCCGAUGGUCUCGAUUAUAAAGCCAUGGGCAAGUUCUUCAAGGGUCUUGCCCAGUCUGGCGCAUGGGCGUGUUUCGAUGAGUUCAACAGGAUCGAGCUGGAGGUCCUUUCCGUCAUCGCGCAGCAGAUCCUGACCAUCCAAAUGGCCAUUGGCCAGAAACUGGAGAAGUUCCUCUUCGAGGGCACUGAAUUAAAGCUGAACCCCACCUGCACCAUCUUCAUCACGAUGAACCCUGGAUAUGCCGGUCGUCAGGAACUCCCUGAUAACCUCAAGGUCCUCUUUAGGACCGUCGCCAUGAUGGUCCCGGACUAUGGGAUGAUAGGAGAGAUCACUUUAUACUCUUAUGGGUUUGUCAACGCCAGGAACCUCGCUGAAAAAAUCGUACAUACGUAUAAACUGUGCUCGGAGCAGCUCAGCUCCCAAAGUCACUACGAUUAUGGGAUGAGAGCCGUGAAGACGGUGCUCAUCGCCGCAGGGAACUUGAAACUUAAGUACCCGGACCAGGACGAGUCCAUCCUGGUACUUCGGGCGAUCGUCGACGUGAAUCUGCCGAAGUUCCUCGCCCAGGACGUGCCCCUCUUCCGGGGCAUCUUCAGUGACCUCUUCCCUGGAGUGGAGUUGCCUCGGCCGGAUAGAGGGGAAUUGCUGGAAUUGUUAGUAACAAACCUGAAGAAGAGGAACCUCCAGCCCACUCCCUGGUAUCUGGAUAAGAUCAUCCAGAUCUAUGAGAUGAUCCUGGUGAGACAUGGCCUGAUGGUCGUAGGGGAGCCUUUAGGUGGGAAGACUCAAGCUUAUCAGACACUUGCUGAGUCCCUGGGGGACCUCUCCGUCAUCCGACGAGCUACUCUCAGGGAGUUCAGGACCACCUACAGGAUCAUCAACCCCAAGGCCAUCACCAUGGGCCAGCUUUACGGCAGCUUUGAUCCUGUCUCCCAUGAGUGGAGCGAUGGGGUCCUGGCGAACACCUUCAGGGAAUUCGCUCAGAGUUCUUCGAUUGAGAGGAAGUGGAUCCUCUUCGAUGGCCCCGUUGACGCAGUCUGGAUAGAAAACAUGAACACCGUCCUGGAUGACAAUAAGAAGCUCUGUCUCAUGUCUGGCGAGAUCAUUCAGAUGUCCUCCAGGAUGAACAUGAUCUUCGAGCCGGCUGACCUGGAGCACGCCUCGCCGGCCACUGUCAGCAGGUGUGGGAUGAUCUAUUUGGAACCUUCUCAGCUGGGCUGGGUGCCGCUCUUCGAGUCCUAUAAGACUCAACUGAAGAAGAAGAUCCUGGUCGAACAGUUCGACCUCGUAGUGGAGCUCGUUGAGUGGCUCGUAGAGCCCGUCUUCGAGUUCCUCGGCCUCCACUGCAGGGCUUUCGUCGACACCUCCCAGCCCCACAUGUUCCUGUCCUUCACGAAGAUGCUGAGCACCAUGCUGGAGGGCGAGACUCAGGUGAGCACGGUGUGGCUGCAGUGCACCCUGAUCUUCAGCAUCAUCUGGGGAUUUUGUCCGACACUCGUCAGUGAAAGCAGGAAGCUCUUCGACGUGUACCUGAGGAAGUUGCUGGUGGGCCAGAUUGACGAAUACCCGAAGCCGAAGGCCUUCAAACUGACCAAGCAGCAGCUCUUCCCUGAUAAGGGGACCGUCUUCGACUGGGUCUAUGAUAAGAGGAACAACGGAUGCUGGAUCCCAUGGACGGAAACUUCUGUCCAGGCACCUCUAUCAUCCUCGGCGAAGGUCAGCGAACUGAUCAUCCAGACGAACGAGAUGUCCCUGCAGAGGUUCUUCAUGGCGAACCUGAUGCAGAGGGGAAUCCCCAUCCUCUUCGUGGGCCCAACCGGGACCGGGAAGUCCUCCAUAGUCCUGGACUAUUUAUCCUCCCUGCCGAAAGAGAAGUACAUCCAGAAUGUGAUCAACUUCAGCGCCAGGACCUCUGCCUACCAGACCCAGGAGAUCGUCAUGUCGAAGCUGGACAGGAGGAGGAAGGGGUACUAUGGACCUUCUAUGGGGAAACGAUGUGUGCUCUUCGUGGACGACCUCAGCAUGCCGCAGAAGGAGGUCUACGGGGCGCAGCCACCUAUCGAGCUGCUUCGCCAGUUUUUAGACCAUGGGCACUGGUUCGACCCUAAGGACACUUCCAUGCUCUUCUUGGUAGACUUGCUGCUGAUAGCCGCCAUGGUGCCUCCAGGAGGCGGUUCUAACAUCGUCACCUCGAGGCUGACUCGCCAUAUGCACGUCAUAGGAAUGGACUCCUUCGAGGACGAGACCUUGACCAGGAUUUUCGGCACUAUCCUCGAGUGGCACUUCUCCAAGGGCUUCGACCAGAACGUCUCCAGGUUGGGCAAGAUGAUCGUCUCCGCCACCAUGGACAUUUACCAUGGGGCCAUCUCCAAGUUCCUUCCCACCCCUGCGAAGAGCCAUUACACCUUCAACCUCAGGGACUUCAGCAGGGUGAUCGGGGGAGUCGUCUUAGUCCCUGCCUCCAGGAUGAGCAACCCUGACAAGCUCAUCAGGUUGUGGGUCCAUGAGGUCUAUAGGGUCUUCCAUGAUCGAUUGAUAGAUGAAGAGGACAGGGAGGCGCUCUUCAAGAUGGUGCAGUUCACGGUCUACGACCAGCUCAGGCAGCCGAUGGAGAAGGUCUUGGUUGGUCUUCUAGCCGAGGGGGAAAAGUCCCUGAAGAGGGGCCAUCUAGGGAACCUAUUCUUCGGGAACUACAUGGAGCCGGAUGCUGACCCCAGGAUCUACGACGAGAUCGGGAACCUUGAAGAGCUGCAGGAGAAAAUGGAGUACUACCUCGCGGAGUACAACGUCAUGUCGAAGACCCCCAUGAACCUGGUGCUCUUCAGGUUCGCCGUGGAGCACGUUUCCAGGAUCUCUAGGGUCCUUCAACAGGAGAGUGGGAAUGCAUUGCUGGUCGGGGUUGGAGGAUCUGGGAGAAGCUCUUGCGUGAAACUUGCAGCUAGCAUGUGUGAGUUUCCGAUUAGCCAGGUCGAGAUCACCAGGAGUUACGGGCCGACGGAGUGGAGGGAGAACCUAAGGGACCUGCUCCUCAGGGUCGGCUGCGACGGCCGACCCUCUAUCUUCCUCUUUGGCGACCACCAGAUCAAGGACGAGUCCUUCGUCGAGGACGUCAACAUGAUCCUCAACACCGGGGACUUGCCGAAUUUGUAUGGAUCCGAGGAGAAGGCCGCGAUCCUGGAGACCAUGACCACCGUCUCCAGGGACUCGGGUCCGAAAAAGGCGGAGGCGACCCCGACGGCCCUCUACACCCUCUUCAUCGACAGGGUCAGAAGCAACCUGCACGUCGUCCUCACCAUGUCGCCCAUCGGGGACGCCUUCAGGAACCGCCUCAGGAUGUUCCCCUCGCUCAUCAACUGCUGCACCAUAGACUGGUACACCAGCUGGCCAGAGGAUGCCCUCGAACGGGUCGCCAGGGUGUCCUUGAAGGAACUGAAGAUCGACCCUGAAGUCCGGGAGAGCUGCGUGCAAGCUUGCAAAGGAUUUCAUACGAGUGUGCAGAGAACCAGCGAGGAGUACUACCUGAAGCAUCGCCGGAGAAAUUACGCCACCCCCACCAGCUUCCUGGGGCUCAUCAACUCCCUCUUCGGGCUCUUCAACCGCAAAGUCGAGCAGAUCAGCCUCCAGCAGAAGAGGUACGAGGUCGGCCUUGAAAAACUCGACUUCGCUGCGGGUCAGGUCGCCGUCAUGCAGGAGGAACUGCACGAGCUGCAGCCGAAAUUGGUGCACCAGAGCCAACUCAGCGACAAACUGAUGAUCAAGAUCGAGCAAGACACCGUUAACGUGGAGGCGAAGAAGGAGAUCGUGGGUGCAGAUGAAGCUCUGGCCAACGAGGCUGCUGCAGCUGCUCAGGCCAUCAAGGACGACUGCGAAAGCGACCUUGCAGAAGCCACGCCUGCGUUGGAGGCCGCCCUGGCUGCCUUGGACACCCUGAAGCCUCAGGAUGUCACCAUCGUCAAGUCCAUGAAGAGCCCUCCUGCUGGAGUGAGGCUGGUCAUGGAGGCAGUCUGCGUCCUGAAGGGGGUGCGACCUGAGAAGGUGCAGGAUCCGUCUUCAGGGCAGAUGAUCGAGGACUACUGGCCGUCCUCCCUGAAGAUGCUGGGCGACAUGCGCUUCCUCGAGAGCCUGAAGACCUACGACAAGGACAACAUCCCACCUGCGUACAUGAAGAAGAUCCGGGACAAGUACAUGAACGACAGGUCCUUCCAACCGGAGGUCAUCAAGAAGAUCUCGACAGCUUGCGAGGGCCUUUGCAAGUGGGUCCGCGCGAUGGAGGUCUACGACAGGGUCAUCAAGGUCGUGGCCCCGAAGAAGGCCAUGCUGGCCGAGGCCGAGGCCGCCCUCGCCGUCCAGAUGGAGUCCCUCAACGAGAAGAGGGCUCUUCUUCAAGAAGUCACCGAUAAACUGCAGUCUCUCAACGACGAGUUCGCAGAGUGCAUGAAGGAGAAGAAGAAGCUGGAGGACCAGAUCGACCUGUGCACAAAGAAGCUGGACAGGGCUGAAAAAUUGCUCGGGGGGCUAGGUGGGGAGAAAACCAGGUGGAGUUAUCAGGCGGCGACCCUGAAGAGGAGCUUGAAGAGCGUGAUCGGGGACGUUCUUCUGGCCUCGGGGAUCGUGGCCUACCUGGGGGCCUUCACGGUCGGCUUCAGGGAACAACUGGUCCAGGAAUGGCAUGCUACUUGCAGGAAAAAAGACAUCCCCUGCAGCGAGGUCUUCAGCCUCAUCGAGAUCCUGGGCGAGCCUGUCGAGAUCAGGGCGUGGAUGAUCUUCGGCCUUCCUGCUGACAACUUCUCCGUGGAGAACGGCAUCAUCGUCAGGAACUCCGAGCGCUGGCCGCUGAUGAUCGACCCCCAGGGUCAGGCGAACAAGUGGGUGAAGAACAUGGAGAAGGAACACAGGUUGACCGUGAUUAAGCCAACUGAUCCGAACUAUGUAAGGCACCUGGAGAACGCCAUCCAGCUCGGUACUCCGGUUCUCCUGGAGAACGUCCUCGAAGAGGUGGACGCCGUCCUUGAGCCUGUUCUCCUGAAGAACGUCUACAAACAAAGAGGCGUGUUAUACAUGAAAUUUGGGGAAAAUGUGCUGGAGUAUCAUCCAGAUUUCAGGUUCUACAUGACUACACGCCUGCGGAAUCCGCACUACCUGCCGGAGGUGGCGGUCAAGGUAACCCUGGUGAACUUCAUGAUCACUCCUCAGGGUCUGGAGGACCAGCUCCUCGGCAUCGUCGUGGCGAAGGACCUCCCGGACCUCGAGGAGAAGAAGAACCGGCUGAUCGUGGAGAACGCCACCAACCGCAGGAUCCUAAAGGAGAUAGAAGACAAGAUCCUGGAGGUGCUAUCCACCUCCGAAGGGAACAUCCUUGAAGACGAGACGGCCAUCAAGGUGCUCUCCACCUCGAAGGUCCUGUCGGAGGAGAUCCAAGCCAAGCAGAGGGUCGCUGCUAAGACGACCGAAGAAAUCGACCAAGCUAGAAGUGGGUACGAGCCGGUCUCUUCUCAUGGCUCGGUGCUCUUCUUCUGCAUAGCUGAACUAGCCAACAUAGACCCCAUGUACCAGUAUUCUCUACCCUGGUUCAUAAAUCUCUACGUGUCUUCGAUCGCCUCCUGUGAAAAGGCGCCGACUCUUCAGGGUCGAACGAGCAGCCUGAACGCCUUCUUCACCUUCGCGGUGUACAGGAACGUCUGCAGGUCCCUCUUCGAGAAGGACAAGCUGAUCUUCUCCCUGGUGCUCUGUGUAGGGAUCAAGCGAGCAGAGGGCAAGGUCGAAGAGGAACUCUGGUCCUUUCUGUUAACCGGAGGCGUAGCCUUGCAGAAUCCCUACGAGAAUCCAGACCCCACGUGGCUGACCGAGAAGUCCUGGUCAGAGGUCGUCAGGGCGUCCUCCUUGCCAGGACUACAAGGCUUCAGGACGGCCCUGGAAGAAGAUACCACACUCUGGAAGGAAUACUACGAUCAGGCCAGUCCCCAGGACCAGCCUUUCCCUCGGCCGUUUGAAAACGAGACGAACACCCUGAAGAGCCUGGUCCUCCUCAGGUGUCUUCGACCUGACAAGCUGGUCCCCGUCGUGGCCAGGUUUGUCGCCUUCCACAUGGGCCAGGAAUUCGUCGAGCCUCCACCUUUCGACCUCCAGGCUGCCUAUGAUGACUCCAGUCAUGUGAUUCCAUUGAUCUUCGUUCUUUCUCCCGGCUCGGACCCCAUGGCUGGCCUCGUCAAGUUCGUCGAAGACGUCGGCAUGAAGGCGAAGAACCUGAUGACUGUUUCCCUAGGUCAGGGUCAAGGGCCCAUCGCUGCAGGAAUGAUCAGCAAGGGCAUCAAGUCCGGCGAUUGGGUCGUCCUACAGAAUUGCCACCUUGCGGAGAGCUGGAUGAAGGAGCUGGACAGGAUCUGCGACGAGGUCGUCGUUCCUGAAAAGACCCACGAGAGGUUCAGGCUCUGGCUCACCAGUUAUCCCUCGAAGGCCUUCCCCGUCUCUAUCCUGCAGAACGGGGUGAAGAUGACCAACGAGGCCCCGAAGGGUCUCAAGCAGAACUUGCUGAGGAGCUACUUAAACGACCCCAUCUCCGACCCCAAGUUCUUCAAGGCCUGCUCCAAGAUCCUUGAGUGGAGGGCGCUCCUCUUCUCUCUCUGCUUCUUCCACGCCGUCAUCCAGGAGAGGAGGAAAUUCGGCCCCCUUGGGUGGAACAUCCCCUACGAGUUCAACGAGUCCGACCUCAGGAUCAGCGUUCUUCAGCUCCAGAUGUUCCUUAACGAGUACGACGAGGUGCCCUUCGAGGCGAUUCUUUACCUGACCGGGGAGUGCAAUUACGGAGGCAGAGUAACCGAUGACAAAGAUCGAAGGCUGCUCAACUCGUUGCUGAAGAACUACUACAAUGAAGAGGUGUUGAAGGAUCCUCACUACGCGUACUCGGCAAGUGGGAUCUAUUGUCUCCCUGAAGAGACCGACCAGGAGGGCUGCCUGAGGUACAUCCGCAGCCUCCCGAUGGACCAAUCCCCAGAGGUCUACGGCCUGCACGAGAACGCGGACAUCACUAAAGAUAAUCAGGAAUCCAUGCAACUUCUCUCUGGGGUAUUAUUGACGCAAACCCAAGUCGGCGGUGCAGGUGCCGAAGGAAACGCUGAAGAGAAGGUGCAGGACCUCGCUGUGGAUAUCCUCGCCAGGAUGCCCGAGCAAUUUGAUCUUGAAAGCGUCUCUAAGAGGUACCCAGUCCUUUACGAGAACAGCAUGAACACCGUGCUGCGUCAGGAGCUCGUCAGGUUCAACGGCCUGACCGCAGUCCUGAAGACCACCCUGAAGAACGUACAAAAAGCGAUAAAAGGGUUAGUGCUGAUGUCGCCCGAGCUGGAGGAGGUCUUCUUCAGCUUGAAUACCGGAAGAGUGCCCAGUUCCUGGGAAAGGAAGUCAUACCCUUCAUUAAAGUCUCUCGGAAGUUACAUAGUGGAUCUCCUGGCCAGGAUAGAGUUCCUGCAGGACUGGAUCGACAACGACGCUCCAGUGGUCUUCUGGCUCUCUGGCUUCUUCUUUACUCAGUCCUUUUUAACAGGGGUGCUGCAAAAUUAUGCUCGAAGGAGGAAAAUUCCCAUCGACCGACUUGAUUUCCAGUUCUUCGUGACGGAGCAUGAAAGAACUGCGAAGGAGGCGCCUUCCACCGGGGUCUACACCAGGGGCCUCUUCCUUGAAGGCGCCAGAUGGAACAAGGACACCCGGGAGCUGGACGAGUCCCGGCCGAAAAUAAUGUUCGAUCCUGUGCCCGUGAUCUGGCUGAAGCCUGGAAUAAAAGAAGAGUUUGAAAUUCGCCCAGUUUAUCAGUGUCCUGUUUACAAGACCAGCGCAAGGCGCGGAGUUUUGGCUACAACGGGGCACUCUUCCAAUUUCGUCAUGUUCAUCCUCUUCCCCACGAAGGAGAGAGAGUCGCACUGGAUCAAUCGGGGCGUCGCCUGUCUCUGCCAGCUGGACGAUUGAAGAAAUAAAGCAUCCU